ACAGAAUUGAAAACAUUGGUGUUGUGAUAGUAUACAAAACAUAUUGCUGGAGCUUUUCGAACAAAAUUUCUGAAUCUAUUGCUAUCGAGCGAACGAAAUUUUCACGCACACUAUACACAUAUGUAUAGAUUUGCUGAAAUGAAAAAUUAGUUGGACUAAAAAUCAAAGACAGAGAUAGAACGAGAAUGAUUUCAGCAAAAGAAUGAGAAAGAUGUUUCGUCCAUUCGGCAACAAUUGUAAAUAACGAAUUUGAUACAGCGAAAUUGAUUGAUGUAACAGUGCUGUUUGCCACUUUUAUACAUUUAACAAAAAAACAAGAAAAACCCAUUUGUAUCGUCAUUUCUUUUUAUUUAUAUAUAUAUAUCAAACGAUUCGACGCAGGAUUUUGUUUCUUUUUUUUUCAAUCGUUCAAAUGCGGAUAGAAUUUUUGACAAUUUCAUGCUUGAAUUGGAGGAGAUAGAAAGAGUGGUGAAUCGAGAAAUAUCCGUCGCAAAUAAGCUCAAACCAACAACAAUAAAAACAAACACAGUGUGAAACACACGAAACAUUGUGAUGACAUGAAUAAUACAAAGUAUUAUGCAUAUUGUGCCAUCGUGGAAGUGGAAUGAAGAAAACAAAAUACAAAUAGAGAACAGAGAGUGAUGUGGUUCAAUUGUGAACUUUAUCAAAGUCAGCUGAGAUAUAAAUAAUCGCAUAAACUAUGAUACAAUCACCAUUUUUUAUUCAACAUCGUUGAAACCCUAAACAUUAAGCACGUAAUUCGACUUUCUUUGACUUGAAUACAUCAUUUUACUGCUGAUCGAUGUAAUUCAUUGUGUUUUUACAUUUCUACUAUUUUAAAAAGCGAAACAUUGCCAAAGUGGAAAAAAAGGGCAAAAACUGAAACUUAAAAGACUUCUUUUUACUACAAUCAAAUUAAACAUCAUCAAAAAUCAUAUCAAGCUGACGCUUUAAAUGGUUGGUGGUUCGUGAAGAAAAAAAAACCAUUUGUCGAAAUAAAAUAUAAAAUCGAUAAUUGUAUAGUAAACGAAAAGAAGCCAAUGGAAUACAACUUGAGUUCACUUCAUCCACAUUAUAAAUGUUUUAUACAGGAGUUGUUUUUUUGGUGUUAAAAUAUUGACAGAAGACGAAAAAAAGAACUACAAUUCGAUGCAGCAUUAAACCAAUGAAUCAGUCAUUGAUUGACAUUUUGCUCUUUUGACUAAUAUUUGCGCGUAAUAAAAUAGAAGAAGGCGAAGAAAAAAAAAACAAAGCAAAACCAACGGACAAACCAUACAGUGGUAACAAAUGAAAAUCAGUCACAAUAAUCACAGCUAUUUGUCACCAUCGAAAUUGAAUAGCCUUAGCAGCUUGAAAACAACGUUGCUAACGCCAUCAAACACGGAUGGCACGUAUACUGCAAAUGAUCUUGAUAAAUUAAUCAUUGAAAAAUCAACAGAUCUGGAUAAUUUGAAUGAAAAUGAAACGAAUGACAAUAUAUUGUCGAUGCCAGCAUACACCGAAUACAAUAGCCCAUAUCGAGAUUAUAUGCUGGCCAAAAAUGAUAAUAAUAUACAAUACAAUCGAUCUGUUGACACCGAUGAUGUUCUAUGCACACCACAAAGUGCGAAUACCGUAACAUCAUUUCGAUUUGGCGAUUACAAUAGCGAUGCUGUUUUGCUUCCAUCAACAAAAAUUGAAACGAUUUCAAUUCCAACAACGGCCAUUAAACCAACCACACCUGACUUCCUUACCAAAGAUUUUUCACAGUUGAAUCGCAUUCAAAAUAUUGACGAUAUACUGAGUUACAACACUGCCACUUAUACAACGGCCACAACAACAACAUCGUCCACAUUGAACGAUAGUUGGAAUGAUGCCAACAGCGAAUUUGCGCGCAAAGAAAUCGCACAAAGUGUCAGCAGAAGCAGCGGCAAUACACGCAACCCAUUGCUAUCAGCUCAGAAUCGAUUUCUGUCACUUUCCAUCUCACCACCGCUCAGUCGACGCCAAGAUAUGCCAGUUCUUCGUGGAACUUUUGUUAGUCUAUCCGAGCCACGUUCAUUUGCCUCAACAUUUCCGAGUGUUCGAGCAAUAGUGGGCAUUGUGCCCGAAUCAGAGAAUUGUAGUUUAUAUGGAUCCGAUGAGGAGCAAGAGGAUGACACCCAAUAUUGUCGCGGUGGUUAUCAUCCUGUGGUUAUUGGUGAUGUUUUUGACGAUCGAUAUCGUGUCGUCCGUAAGCUUGGUUGGGGGCACUUUUCAACUGUUUGGCUGUGUCGUGAGAUUUUGAAAGAUAAUUAUGUUGCGUUGAAAGUGAUUAAAAGUGCUCAACAUUAUACGGAAACGGCGGCCGAUGAAAUUCGAUUACUGGAGGCAAUUAGACAAAAUGAAUCGCAGCACCCGUACUGUGAGAAAAUUGUUCGUCUUCUAAAUCAUUUCACGAUUCGUGGAGUGAAUGGUGUGCACACAUGCCUAGUGUUUGAGGCUCUUGGCUGUAGCUUAUACAAGCUUAUUGUUAAAAAUAAUUUUCAAGGAUUACCCAUUAUUAUGGUUAAAUCCAUUAUUAGACAGGUUUUACAAGGAUUAUAUUAUCUGCACGCCAAAUGCGACAUUAUCCAUACUGACAUUAAACCGGAAAAUAUUUUAUUGUGUCCCAGUAAUCCAAAUGAAAUCAAUCGACAAAUUGACAAUGAAAUAACAGCCUUAAAAGAACGAAACAUCAAACUUCCCGUGUCUUAUGUCAGCGCAAGCACGAAACAAAAGUAUGAUCGUGAUUUUUCUGAUCCGGAUAUAUCGAGCUUUUCGAACUACGAUAGUUUGCCAGCAGCUGAUUUAUCUUCCAAAAAUGAUUUUGAUACAAAUUCUAUUGAUAGUUUAAGCAUUCAAUCGGAUAAAAUUGAUUUGAUUGAAAGGUAUAUGCCAAACGCAUCGGCCAGCACCGCCGCCCUCGCUAUCAGUGGCGGUGGAGUGCACAUCAAACGCUACAAAAUGGAACGAAAAAAUAGCCAACAAUCACAACAUGGAAAACAAGAAUCAUCAUUGGCAAGCGGUGUCAAUUUAAAUAUUGAAUGCGAUCCAAAUUUACUUGAAUUAAUUGGUGAUACGGAUAUUUGCGUUAAAAUUGCCGAUCUGGGUAACGCUUGCUAUAAUGAUCAUCACUUCACCGAAGAUAUUCAAACGCGUCAAUAUCGAUCGAUUGAAGUCCUUUUGGGCUCUGAAUACAAUUAUACGGCUGAUAUUUGGAGUACAGCAUGCUUAGCAUUCGAACUGCUCACUGGUGAUUAUCUAUUCGAUCCACGCGGAUCCGAUGAAUAUUCACGUGACGAAGACCAUCUGGCGCAUAUUAUCGAGCUGUUAGGCAACAUUCCACCACACAUCAUCUUUCAGGGCAAAUAUGGACACAAAUAUUUUAAUAGCUACGGCAAUCUACGAAAUAUAACGAAAUUGAAACCAUGGGAUCUAUACAGUGUUCUUGUUGAUAAAUACAAUUGGAAUUCAUUUGAUGCGAGGGAAUUCACUGAUUUUUUGGAACCGAUGCUCAAUUUCGAUCCAAAUGCUAGGGCAACGGCAUCACAAUGCCUAGAUCACCCGUGGCUUUUAGAGGAAAACUGUUGAAAAUCAACAUUGAGACUGGCAACCUCAAUGCAUAAAAACACUAAUGUUAAUGUUUCUUAGAACUGAAUUUCAAUGCCAUUUAAAUAUAUGUAUUUAAA